UACCUCAAGAUGCCCAGACACUUCAUGAGUCCUGCUUGGACGACAGAAAAUGAGAAACCUCUACCCUCAAUCUCCCAGCAGCUCUGUACCCGCAACUGUCCAAAUUCCCCCAGGAUCUACCAGGGGAGGAAGAGGAUGGCCUCUGACAAAAUAGGUCAUAUUCUUGACAUCUCCAGGGCAAUGUUCAAUUACCCAUGGCUGGAAUAUCCAGAAAGGACCAAAGAACUCAGAAAAGCCACGGCUCCUGUUCACCUGCCCUUGUCAUGCUACCUGAUGCCAAAGGAAGAGUUUCCUCCAAGCCCAGAGUACUGGAGGCUACAUCCAAGCAAGCCAAAUGCAGUCCCUUACUGCUACUUCAAUAAGUCUGAGAUCUACUCGCACUGGCACACUCUGUAUGGUCACCAAGAAGAACGGGAUGCCCAGAAGAUGUCACAGAAAAAGAGAGAUCACCCUAGGUACCUCAAAGAGGGCACCCAUGGCCAAAUGAUCUAUCUCCCCAUGAGCAAGUUGACUAUAAGAUCUCAGGUGGGAUCCAGGACCUUAGAGCCUACUAGCGAAGCCUUGAAGCAGCAAAGAUUAAAGGAACUCACAAAAAGCCUGCAGUCUUCCAGAGAGGAAGAGCAGUCCUAUGCAGCACAAGCUCUGGGGUGUCUGGGUGUCGGUGACAAGUUCGUCAUGGAGGCACUGAGACGAGUGGCCCAAACUGGUUCAGAGAAAGUGAAGUAUGAAGCCUAUCGAUCCCUAGCCAUCCUGGGUUGUCUGAAUAAGCAUGUGAUCCAGGCUCUCAUCUCACAGUUGAAGGGGCAAAAUGAGGGCCGGAAAAUGGAGACUCUGACAGGGCUACGAGUCGCUCUGAACUCCUGGGCUGCUGUCUCCGAAGACAAGAGGACUCCAGUUGAGGAUGAAGAGAAGCUGGUAUCUGUGCUGCAGAUACUGAUAAAAAAGUCAUCAAAUAAAAUAGCCCUGGAAGCAGCCCUAUCCUUGGGUUUCCUGAGGCCCUGCAGCAACAUGGCCCAAGAGUUCUUACUACAGUUUCUGUAUCAACAGCCCAAGACUGAGCAGAUGAAGGCACUUAGGAUGCUAGUCAAGAUAAUGCAUGUGUACACAGACACAGUCAUCAGGGCCAUCCUUGACCAGCUGUAUUCUGAUGUCCUUGAGGACCGCCUUGAAGCCAACCAGAUGCUCAGAACCAUUGGGCUGGAACAGAUCAAGGCACAUGGGCUAGAGGAACUCACAUUUGACCGACUCAGGAAGAAGACAUAUAAUGAACCCUUCUUUGCUAUGAGACAAGCUGUGGCUAAAACCGUGGAAGUGCUCAAGAUGAAGCCUACAAUGAUAAACUUGGUGGAGGCGCAACUGAUGAAUCCAAAUGACACUGCACGCCAGGAAGCAGUCACCUCUUUGAGCGUCCUGGGAAUCCGCAACCCGCAAGUGUUCCAUUUGCUCUUAGACAUGCUAGAUGCAGAAGAGAACCAGGCUGUGAAGACAAGUCUACAAGAAACAUUAAUCCUUCGAGCCUCAAUUGAUCCUUGGAUCCAAAAUAAGGUAAAGAACAAGAUUUUCUUCGUGUGUGAGGCACCUAAGACCAAUGUGAAGAUAGAGCCUACAAGGUUCCGAAAGCAGCCUGAGAUCCCUGAAGAGUUAAAUAUCCAAGACUUCCGACUCGCAAAGUUGAACCCCUUGUUUGUUGCAAAGUCCAGCACCAAAGUUGAACAAAAGAAAAAGCUGCCCGCCUUCCCACCCUGUUUCUUGAAACCACAAAAACAUAAGCCACAGGCUACAGGGCCAUGGGAGCCAAGCAUCAGGACUCUUGCAGAAAACUCCAAGUAACUCUUGCAGAAAACUCCAAGUCCGCUCUUACCCCUACUCUCUAAGGAUGCUUAUCAGAUUCCCCUGUAAAACAAUCUAUACCUCAUCAUCUAUGAAUAAAUGAGUAUCAUUCUACCUACUAUACCUAAAUUAUUACUACCACUGCUGUGCCCUUCACCAGGGUCUGCACUAGAGUAUAGGUCUCCUCCUUACUAGAUAGGCAUCCUUUCAGUUACGUCCUUUCAUCAGGGAAAGAACGUACAGAGCCAAAGCUUCUCCAGAUGACCAGCCAGCCUCCCUAAAUCAUGUCCUUGUCUGUGCCCAGGACUUUAUGACAAAUCUAGAGUGGGGCUUCUGCCUAAAAGGGGCUGCUAAGGACCAUACUUAGCUCUUGGACCAUUUCCUCUUGCUAACUAGCCCCACCCCUCUACCUUCCUAUCAGUGGUCAAGAAAUAAUUUUUAAGACCAGUAGGUGGUGUGGUGGAUAAGGUGCUGGA